AUGAAGACAUCCCCUCAAUCAUUUUAAAUAGAAAAUGAAGAAACUGUAUGGCAUACUCGUAAAUUACGUUAAGAGACUGAGAAAGAUAUCUUAUUGAUGAAAAAUAGACUCAAAUUAUUAAAAAGAGGUGAUGCAUAAUUAUCUAAGAGAAUUGAUGAAACUAAGAAGAAAACUAAAUCAAUGAUAGAACUGAAAAAGAAUCAUCAUGCAUAAAUUGAAUAAGUAACUAACCUUAUUUAUCCAAAUCCUUUAGAAAAAAUUAAGUCAGAAGAAUGAUGAAGAAAUAUUGAAAGAUAAAUAGAAAUUAAAUUAUAGCCUCAAAAAAUAACAAGAAGAAUAAUUAGAAAUGAUUAAAAGAGCAAUGGAAUAAAUCAAAUUAGAAGAAUAUAAAAGAAUUAAGUAUUCUUACAAUAUAUCAUCUAAUCUAGAGAAUUAUCAAUAAAAAAUUCUGAAGCAAUUAGUAAAUAGAAAUAAGAUUUUCUUAAAAAAAACAGAGAGAAAAGAGAACAUAUAAAGGAAAUUAUGUCCUAAUCAAAAACUAAUAUAUCACUUUAUUGGAAUGAAAAAUUAUCUCAAAUCUAAAAGGAAAACGAAAAGUAUUUAUUAAUAAAAAUCUUCUUAGAGCUAAACUAGAAAAUAAGAGAGCUUGCUCAUACAAUAAGGCAUAAUAAGAAAAAAUGGAAAUGGAAGAAUCAUAUAUGAUGCAAAAAUUAAUGAGAUCAUAAGAAGUUUAGAAAAAAUUAAUAACAAGAUUAGAAAAAGCUAAAAACUUGCCUCAUGACGAAUUUAAUAAUUUAAUUAAAGAAGAAGAAGAACAUUCAAAUCAUCAUAAAACUAAUAAAAGUGUUGAAAUACCUCGUUGGUUACCUACUCCAGAAAAAGAUAUUGUAGUCUCUCAAAAAUUAGAUACAGAACCUUAAUAAGAUUAAGAUUAAUAAAAAAAAGAUGAUAAUCCUGAAGAAUAGUAAGAUUGA